AUGAAUGACACAAAUGGGACAAAGUGUUCUAUGGAUUUUGAGAUUUCCAAGACCAUGCGCAUCUCGGUGUUCUCCUUGGUGGUGUCACUUGGUUUGCCCCUGAAUUGCAUGGCUGCCUGGGUUCUGUUUUUCCAGGUCAGGAUGAAGAAUGUUCUCAGCAUCUAUAUGAUAAACAUGGUGGCUGCCAACCUCCUUCAGAUUUUCAUGAUUCCAUUCUGGAUCCACUAUACCUACCUGGGACACAGAUGGGUGUUAGGGAAGGAAGCCUGCAUAGCAGUUGGCUUUUUGUUCAGCACAAAUUUGUAUGCCAAAAUUGCCUUCCUGUGCCUCAUUGCCAAGGAGCGCUACUUUCACAUUGCUUUCCCAUUACGUUGUCAUGGCCUGGGCACUGUGGGCGUGGCUGUGAAAACCAGCCUCAUUGCCUGGGCAGUUACAGUUUUCUUUUGCUCCAUGGGCUCCCACUUUCUGUCUGAAGGAGAAGAAGAGACCCAACUCUGCCAUGAAGGAUACCCAAGUUCACCGAAGUAUGCCCUGUUCAAAAUGGCCACCAUGUUCUUCUCUUUCUUUGGACCAAUCGGAUUAAUAGGCUUUUUCUAUGUCAGCAUCCUGUGCAAAGUCAGGCAAGUGAGAAAUCUGGAGACAAAGAAGCAAGUCUAUGGCUGUAUUCUUCUCACUAUGGUGACAUUCUUUGUGGUCUUUCUACCUUAUCAAGCAACAACCUUCUAUAAGAAUUUGUUAGAAAGCGGAAAGGAUGAUUUAGAUCUCUGUGGAAAAGAGGUAGCGCUGUUCCUUUUUAGUGAAAUUUCUUUAUGUCUAAUGACUCUUGGGGACAUUCUGGAUCCUGUGCUUUAUAUAUUAUUCAUAAAAAGCACACGGGAUGAAUUUGUAGCCUCGUGCAAAUGUCUGUGUUCUUCCCAUCAGGAACUGGCCACUUCACAGGGAAUGUUUAUAAACUCAACUUAG